GCGUUAAUUAUUGUGCUCCUCGUCUUGAAGCAAAAUGGCCAAGGGUGCCCUUCUCUUCAUUCUCUUCACCUUCACCACCUUCUUCCUCAACAGUACGCUUGCUUGUCCUUACUGUGCCUACCCACCCAAACGACCUCCUAAGCCUAAACCUCCAGUACACCGCCGUUCCAAACCACCGUGUCCACCACCGUCUUCUUCACAGCCAAAACCUCCCAAGGCAAAACCACCGCCGUAUGUCCGUCCAAAACCACCAAUCGUAAGACCACCAAUUGUUAAACCACCACCUUACUACCCAAAACCACCCAUUGUUAAACCACCAGUUGUAAAGCCUCCACGUUAUGUCCCAAAACCGCCGGUCGUGAAACCACCGUAUGUGCCAAAGCCUCCGAUUGUGAAGCCACCACCUUAUGUUCCUAAACCACCAGUUGUAAAGCCUCCACCUUAUGUCCCAAAACCGCCGAUCGUGAAACCACCGUAUGUGCCAAAGCCUCCGGUUGUGAAGCCACCCCCUUAUGUUCCUAAACCACCAGUUGUAAAGCCUCCACCGUAUCAUCCAAAACCGCCGGUCGUGAAACCACCGUAUGUGCCAAAGCCUCCGAUUGUGAAGCCACCACCUUAUGUUCCUAAGCCACCAUAUCAUCCAAAACCACCGGUUGUGAAACCACCGCAUGUGCCAAAGCCUCCGGUUGUGAAGCCACCACCUUAUGUUCCUAAACCACCAGUCGUGUCACCACCAUAUCAUCCAAGACCACCGGUUGUGAAACCGCCAGUUGUGAAGCCACCACCGUAUGUGCCUACACCACCAGUUGUGUCACCGCCGGUCGUUAAGCCACCACCAUAUGUGCCUACACCACCAGUUGUGAAGCCACCACCUGUCGUGAAGCCACCACCGUAUGUGCCUACACCACCCGUUGUGUCACCACCGGUCGUGAAGCCACCACCGUAUGUGCCUACACCACCAGUUGUGAAGCCACCACCUGUCGUGAAGCCACCACCGUAUGUGACACCACCCGUUGUGUCACCACCGGUCGUGAAGCCACCACCGUAUGUGCCUACACCACCAGUUGUGAAGCCACCACCUGUCGUGAAGCCACCACCGUAUGUGCCUACACCACCCGUUGUGUCACCACCGGUCGUGAAGCCACCACCGUAUGUGCCUACACCACCAGUUGUGAAGCCACCACCUGUCGUGAAGCCACCACCGUAUGUGCCUACACCACCCGUUGUGUCACCACCGGUCGUGAAGCCACCACCGUAUGUGCCUACACCACCAGUUGUGAAGCCACCACCUGUCGUGAAGCCACCACCGUAUGUGCCUACACCACCCGUUGUGUCACCACCGGUCGUGAAGCCACCACCGUAUGUGCCUACACCACCAGUUGUGAAGCCACCACCGGUCGUGAAGCCACCACCGUAUGUGCCUACACCACCCGUUGUGUCACCACCGGUCGUGAAGCCACCACCGUAUGUGCCUACACCACCAGUUGUGAAGCCACCACCUGUCGUGAAGCCACCACCGUAUGUGCCUACACCACCCGUUGUGUCACCACCAGUUGUAAAGCCACCACCGAUUGUGAGGCCACCCCCAUAUGUGCCUUUACCACCGGUAGUGCCGACACCUCCGACCGUGAAGCCACCACCGGUUGUAUCGCCACCUUAUGUUCCUCAACCUCCUCCGGUUGUAACCCCACCAACACCACCAGUGACACCAGUACCACCGGUGGUGACACCACCGUCUCCGACACCUUAUGUGCCAAACCCUCCUUAUCCGGGGACGCCAUGCCCGCCGCCGCCACCAGCACAAGAGACGUGCCCCAUAGAUACGUUGAAGCUGGGUGCAUGUGUGGAUGUUCUAGGUGGGCUUGUCCACGUCGGAGUCGGAAGCAAUGCUAAACAGACUUGCUGUCCGGUGCUGCAAGGAUUAGUUGAUUUGGACGCCGCCGUGUGUCUCUGUACGACGAUUAAGGCUAAGCUUCUGAACGUCAAUAUCGUCAUCCCUAUCGCUCUUCAGCUUCUCAUUGACUGUGGCAAGACUCCCCCAAAAGGGUUUCAGUGUUCCGCUAAUUAAUUGAACUUUAUAUAUCCGGUAACGAAAUUAGUUGCAUGUUCUUUUUUUGUAUUUUGUUUAAUUAUUGGUGAUCACCUUCAUCUUUGCUUCCAGUGUUAAUCACUGAAAUGGGCAUAUUAAGUGGUUUUUAUGUCAAUUUCACAAUAAAAUAUUGGACAUGUUUUUUAA